GAAAGGGGGCGCGCCCGGCUCCGCGCGGUGCGUCCUGUGUUGAUGUGUCGCAGAUUUUAAAAAGUGAGGGAGGCAGGAGCAGGACUUUAGAGAAGGGGGGGAACACAGAGUCUCAGAGCUCCAAACAAGAGUCCACAUCGGGAGCGAGCCUCCACAGCGACCCUCAGAGAGCUUCUCCUCCUCUUCAACUGUUUUUAUUCCUCCUCUUCCUCCUCUUCCCCCUCUUCCUCGGGAACACGCAGUCACUUUGAGCUCAGUUUGGAGCGCGUGGAGCAGCGCGGAGAUGGAGCUGUCAUCUAUCGGGGACCAGGUCUUCGCGGUGGAGUCCAUCACCAAGAAGAGAGUGAGGAAGGGUAACGUGGAGUAUCUCCUGAAGUGGCAGGGAUGGUCCCCAAAGUACAGUACUUGGGAACCAGAGGACAACAUUCUGGACCCGCGCCUGGUCCUGGCCUUUGAAGAGCAUCAGGAGAAGAUCAGAGCUCUGGCCUACCGUAGGAAAGGUCUCAGACCCCGGAGGCUGGUCCUGAGGAACGUCUUUGCCAUGGACCUCCGCAGCGCUCACAAAGUCACGAUGAAGCCCCCCCCACGAAUGCGCCUCUCCCUCACUCGCUCCAUGAGCACAGACGUGGAUCAGGGCGAGCGAGGCCGUCUGUACCAUCGGCCCGCCUGGAGGAAGAGCAGGCAGAGGACGUCCAAGAGGGGACCGGAGGGACUGCUACACAAAUCCAUCCGUCCACUGAGGAAGAAGGAGGAGACCAUGGAGGAGGAGUGGGGUGUGACCAGUGAAGAGGAGAAGCAAGAGUGCGAGAGCACCACAGAGGAGAGACCGGAGGACAGUUUAUACGGUCAGUCAGAGUGCAGCUCGCCACCCCUGCUGGAGCGACAGGACCUAGAGAUGGAGGGGAUGGAGGUGAUGGAGGUGAUGGAGGAGAGGGAGGACAGUCUGACCGAUGCAGGCACUGAGACGUGGACCGACCAAUCAGAAACGAGACAGAACCAAACAUUCAUGUGUGACAAAUCAAAGGACGGCACCUCAGAGUCCGAGGCCGGACCGGGAGACCUUGAUGACCCCAGUGACGGGUCCUUCUGGGGCGGAGAAGAGGAGGUGGUGCAGUCAGAGUCAGAGUGUCCCACAUUAGAGAGCUUCAACGACACGACCUCAGAGAUGACCAGCGUUCAGGGGAGGAGCCAGAUGACAGCCGAGGAGAGGAGGGCGGAGGAUAGAGACGACUGCAACAGCCUCAUGACCCCGGGAGGUCAGACUCCUCCCACCACACUCCAAGAUCAGAGUCCUCCCAUCACACUCCAAGAUCAGAGUCCUCCCAUCACACUCCAAGAUCAGAGUCCUCCAACCAGACUCCAGGAUAAGACUCCUCCCACCAAACCCAAAGGUCAGACUCCUCCCCCCACAGCUGAGCACCCUGGGAAGGUGAUAGUGACUAAAGUGACGAUCGACUCUCUGACGGUGACGUUUAAAGAGGCGCUGGUGGCCGAAGGCUUCUUUAGGGGGUUCUGAACGAACCGAUCAUCCGUAGACUCGCCGCUCAUUUUGUACGUGUAAAUAUUUGUGUUUGUUAAAUAAUCCACAUGUUUACAAAGCUACGCUCAUUUCUACAGAGUACAAUGAAGACUGUGAUGACUCUUGAACUCCAGUGGUUUCAUUAGGGGACAGGAAGCCCGAGGAACCACAGACAUGCUCAGAUAAUCCCUCAACCCCCCCCCGGCCGGCUGUUAACGAGGUUUCAUCUGGAUUAAGUGAUCCAGAUGAAACUGGACAGGGUCAUCGUAAUCCAGAGAAACUCCAGAGCUCCACACGGAGCUGCACACUGUGUCCACAGGGAGCGCCAAAAUCCACUGAAGCGUGAGGCGAACUCACAGUCCUUCCUAAUCUCAGUGUUUACCUAAUCUGGCGUCCUUGUCAGGAUUCAGUCUUUAAAUCAGACCUGACUUCAGCUCCGGCCCUCAGCUGGCUCAGCCUCAUCUUUGGAUCCAAGUCCGGCUCUAAAGUUUUUACUGUAAUGGAAGCAGACCAGAUUUAUCAUCUGAUCUAAUCUGACCUCAUAACCCCGUCUCACUUUUAUAAACAGGUCUGCAGAUUGAAUCAAGCAGCACAGCUUAGAUCAGCUGACCUGUGAACAGCUGGCUCAGGUGAUUGGAGACCCACCUGAUGCUAACACACUCCUCCUCCUUCUUCUUCUUCUUCUUCUCCUUUUUCUACUUCUUCUUCUUCUCCUUCUUCUUAAUCUUCUUUUCCUUCUUCUUCUUCUUCUU